GGUUUGCCAGUCGUAAUGAAAAUCCACUUCCAGGUUUUCAGACGGCCCACUCGUGUGUGCGUAAGGGCAACAGCGCGGCGUGAAGGCAGCAGUGGGAAACAGAAAGACUAUGGCCGCCACUCUGAGUCUGACUCAGCUCUCCGGUGGAAAUCCCAUUUACGACAAAUACUAUCGACAGGUGGAUCCCCGAGGCAGCGGGAGAGUGGCGGCAGCGGAUGCAGCUCUGUUCCUGAAGCGGUCGGGCCUGGCUGACCUGGUUUUGGGCAAGAUUUGGGAUCUGUCGGACUCUGAACGGAAGGGCUCUCUCAACAAACAGCAAUUUUACAUCGCUCUGCGCUUGGUGGCUUGUGCUCAGAAUGGCCUGGAGGUGGCACUCAAGAGCCUUAAUGUGGCUGUUCCGCCCCCCAAAUUUCAGGACACAAGCAGCCCACUGUCAGUCGGGGGCUUAACCACUGAUCUUCCCUGGGUUGUCAAGCCUGAAGAGAAGUUGAAGUUUGACUCCAUCUUUGAGAGCCUCGGUCCAGUCGGCGGGCUGCUAACAGGAGACAAAGUCAAGCCCGUCCUGCUCAACUCCAAACUGCCAGUCGACAUUUUGGGCCGGGUGUGGGAACUCAGUGAUAUCGACAGAGACGGCAUGUUGGACAAAGAUGAAUUCUCUGUGGCCAUGUAUCUGGUGUACCGAGCCCUGGAAGGAGAAACUGUUCCCAUGUCUCUCCCGCCUCCCCUGGUUCCACCCUCCAAGAGAAAAAAGCCCUCGGUGCCUCCCGCGAUGCCCUUGUUACCCUCGCCCCCCUCCGCCAAAGACGGUCGCGCCUCCCACGCUGGCACCAAGACCAUGCCCCUCCCCCCUAAACCCGCCCCAGCUCUCGCCCCGACGCCAGCAGCCGCCCCCUGGGUGGUGUCGCCGGCGGAUAAAGCCAAAUAUGACGACCUCUUCAGCAAGACAGACGGAGACAUGGACGGCUUGGUGUCCGGACCUGAAGUCAGAGAUAUCUUUCUCAAAACGGGGCUGCCUUCUGCCACGCUCGCACGCAUCUGGGAGCUUUGUGACAUUGGCGACAUUGGAAAACUGACCCGAGAGCAGUUCGCCCUGGCGCUUCAUCUGAUCAAUCAGAAGUUGACAAGAGGUCUGGAGCCUCCGCAAAGCCUUUCCCCAGAGAUGAUUCCUCCUUCUGACAGACUAAACAUCAAACAGAACAAUAUGGCCAACCUGGCAGCUGACUUCUCUGCCAUCAAGGAGCUGGACUCUCUUAGUAACGAAAUUGUCGAACUGCAAAGGGAGAAAACUACGGUGGAAGAGGAGAUUAAGGAGAAGGAGGCGGCCAUCAGCGAGCGCAGCAACGAGGUCCAGGACUUGCAGGGUGAGGUGGCAAGAGAAAGCGAGGCACUGCAGCAGCUUCAAACUCAGCGUCAGAAGAUCCAGGAGGUUUUGGACGAGCUGGACCAACAGAAGGCCUCACUGGAGGAGCAGCUGACCCACAUUCGCCAGAAGACCAGCCAAGAGAGCCAACUGAUUACAUCGCUGGAGUCGGAGCACGAGGAUCAGGAGCAGAAGAUAUAUCAGUACGAGGAGGAGCUGGUCCAGGCUCGAGAGGAGCUUCUGGCUCUGCAGGAGGAGAGCAGGAAACUGCAGGAGAAGGUCCAAGCUGCACAGGAACAGCUCACACCUCUGCAGGAAUCUGUCCGGGACUCCUUCACACAAGUUGCACAGGUCCAACACAGACUAAACGACCUUCAGGUGGAGGAGAGGUCGAUGGCAGCCCAGCUGACCUGGAAGAGAGCUUUGGAAGACGACUCUCCCGUCAUGGUCAACGGAUCGGCGGGGCCCACGCCAGAGCUCCCUCGCAGGGACCUCUUCCAGCAGGACCUCUACCAGGAGGACCAACCUAAAGAUCAAACGGAAGAAGAACCAUCCGCUGCCUCAUACCCGCCAAAAGAACUCUCAGAACAAACAGAGAAAGGAGUGAAGGAAGAAAAAGAGGACGAGAAGGAGCAAGAGAGCCCCGAGACUCCCGAAGAGGAAAAAGCAAAGCCUGAUCCUUUGGAUCAUCUCUAUACUAGCUUAGCCGCUUCUGAGAAGUUCACAAAUCUGCCCACACUUGCCAAGCCGCAGGAGAAAACUGUAAAUGAACACAAUAACCCUUCACCUGAUGUCUCCUCAGAGGUCCGAGAUGAUGCAGCAGAGUCGCCUAAAACAAGCUCACCCAAGGUGUCAUCACCAGAGCCGGAGGUCAAACAGGAAGCUGCCGCCUCAUCAGAAGUCAUCCCGGCACAAGCGCUUCCUCCUCGGGCUGCUCCCGGCCAGCCACCGUUGCCCCAGAUGGACUUCUUCCACACGGACCCGUUUACAGAGCAUGAUCCUUUUAAAGAUGACCCGUUUGGAAAAGUGGUUGCUGCUGGUAGGUUUGAGAAAGCAAACACCCCACAUGAUCCAUUUGGAGGCGAUCCUUUCAAAGGCUCAGACCCUUUCGCUGCAGAUAAUUUCUUCACACAGACGGCCAGCAGCCAUUUUUCUCCAGACGACCCUUUCUCAAGCUCUUCCGACCCAUUCGGUCACACUACAGUUGCUCCAGAGCCCGACUUGUUUGCCGCCAAGCACAACGAUCCCGCCCCGACGGCAGCAGCGACGGAAGCGGACCCUUUCACCUCACAGCCAACGAAUCCAACCGCACCGGCCGCAGAUCCCUUCAGCUCCACAGGCAAAGACACAGCUGAAUCCAACGCGUUCCCUCAGGCCAUCACCGCCACCGGCGAAGCUGAUCCGUUUGGUUCUCAGUACACAGGGACAGAUCCGUUUAGUACCUCUCCACCCAACGCCGGUCUGGCAUUGAAGGAUACUGCUGCAGCCAAUGAUCCUUUCGCUCCAGGUGGGACCACAGUGAGCGCCACCUCAGACCCAGAUCCAUUUGCUGCUGUAUUUGGGAAUGAAUCGUUCGGAGGAGGCUUUGCUGACUUCAGUGCCCUAACAAAGUCAAACGGUGUCGAUCAAUUUGGCAUCAACAACAAGAACUUGUUCCAGGACGACAGCCAGCCUGCCAACGCGGACGUUCCCCCGGCGCUGCCUCCCAAAACGGGUACGCCGACGAGACCGCCACCUCCACCUCCAGGUAAGAGAGCCUCCCUCUCCAGAACCGAGUCGUCGGACUCCUUCCACCGGCGCGGCCACUUCCCUACGCAGACCUCGGGCGAAUUCUCCUCCUCUUCCUCCUCCUCUUCCCUGCCUGCCAAGGAUCCCAUAGCCGAUCCCUUCGCCCCUUCUUCCCCUCCUCGGCAACACUUACCGGAAGCUGACCGAUUUGCCAGCUUUGACAAAUACCCAACGGAAGAGGACAUGAUCGAGUGGGCAAAGCGCGAGAGCGAGCGCGAGGAGAAAGAGCGUCUGGCCAGGCUCACCCAGCAGGAACAAGAAGACCUGGAGUUGGCCAUCGCUCUCAGCAAGUCUGAACUCUCCUGAGGGACUUCUUCUCCCUCGUCCAUUGCACUCCACUCUAAAACCCCGCCUCUAUUUUUUUUCCUUAGCCCGGCACAGCCACACGUGGCCUGUUUGAAGCACCAAAGCGUCGUGGGGACCCUGUAGGACUAAUUCAGCGUGUUCUUGGACUAAAGCAAAUGUUGUCCUCCAGACUCUUUUCCAUCCUGUUGUGAGGAUGAACAGGGAAAACAGUGAUUUUGAGAGUCAUGUCCUUUUAUGACCUACUCCAGAAUGUAACUUAUUCUAAACCUGCACUUACACUUAUAGAGCUUUAUCCACUAAUCUAACCCACUACAAUCCAUUUCUGACCAGCUCGUUAUGUGAAGAUUAGCAGUCCAAAUGUCAUCCAAUUGGAAUGUAGCCGCCAUUAUGACUGAAUGUGAUUUUCUUUUUUCCCCCGCACCUACACUAGACGACGACAAGCAGAUGUGCAUGCCAGGCUCUUGUUAGAAAAGAGAAUUAUCAAGCCACGUUCGGCCUGUUAGCCCAGCAUGGUCUGUCAGAGAAAAGCAUGAAACAAACUGCAUCCAGAUAAUGAUUGUGUACUUAAUAAGCAUUAAGAUUCAACAUGAAUCUCUUUAUAUUUCCAAAUGUAAACUAAAUGUAACAUUUGACAAACUAUAUCAUUUUUUGGGGGCUUUUUGAAGACUGUAAUAACUUGAAUUUUGAUUUAGUUUUCAAAGAUGUCAGUUAAAAGGGAAGUCAUUCCCAAAAUUUUCUUUGUAAUAUGUUCUGUCCAGCUCAACUAGUCGAAUCACAGUGCUGUGAUUAAUGUUUCGUUGGUGGAAUAUGAAGUAAACAGGCAAAAUCCAACUGUUUUUACCCAUCAAGGGGCGGCCAUUUUGCCACUUGCAGUGGUUUGAAAAUGACAUCACAGUUUUCAGGUGUCAGGUCACAACCAAUCAUGGCUCACCAUUUUUCUGAAGCUGAGCCAUGAUUGGUUGUGACUUGAGACCUGACUGUGAUGUCAUAAUCAGUCGACAGUAAGUGGCAAAAUGGCCGCUUAACUCAUAUUCCACAAAUGCAAUAGUGAUCAGAAUGUUUUGUUUAGAAAAAUGAAGUCAAAUACAACAUAUUAUUGGAAAGAAAAUUUUGGGGUUGACUUCCCCUUUAAGGGCCCAAGGUUGGUGUUGCCACAGUUGGGUCGUGCUCUCCAAGCCCCUCUACAUGCCUGCAUUUGCUUAAAAGCGUUUGCAGACUCCACUUGAACACUGCUUUCCUAACUUUGUACAGCAAAACGGAACAAAUAAAUGCAUAGAUCAUUAAAUGUA